AUGGAAGAUAUACAAACAAAAGCAACAUUCGAAUUCACUUUUAGCAACGUUGGGAAUCUUUCUAAAGCUGUCUACUCGCCUCCAUUCGCAACCUCGUCGAACGUAUUCUGGCAACUGAAAUUUAUUCCUUCGAAUCCAGAAUAUCCCGAAUUCUGUUCAGUGUACUUGAGAUCAAUAUUUAAUACCGGAGAGAUACACGCCACGAGCCCCGGAAUCAGACAGGGUGUCUUACCUGCAACCAUAUAUCUUAGAGAUCCGAGCAAAGGCAACAGCGCACAAUCACAAGGAAUGAGACUGACUAGUGGAAAUAACUCUUCUAUGCUUCCAGACGUAAUAACUCUCGGCGUAGAUUUCUCAUCUGCAGAGUUCAAGAUCUCUCCAUUCAUGGAACGUCUACCCGGAAAGACAUUUCCAGCCGAUUUGUCCGAAGCAUGGGAACAACAGUUGAAUAAAAAAGAGACUGUCGAUGUAACUUUCAACGUCCAAGGUACUCUCAUAUAUGCCAGCUCAUCCCUUCUAUCGCGUCGAUCUGCCUACUUUGAAAAGAUAUUCCAGGACAAGUGGGCUGAAUACAGUGCCAAAGCCAACAGUUCAGAUGAAAUGGGUGGCGAGUCAUCCGAUGUAAAGAGAUCAAUGAAAUAUACGAUUGAUGUACCCGAUUUUCAUCCCGAGACCUUUCUUGAAAUGCUACGAUUUCUGUAUACUGACAAAGUGACACUCAAUAAGAACGAGGAAACACAUCGAAUGCCUCUUGAACUGUUUGCUAUUGCCGAUAAAUACCUAAUUUCAGAAUUACGUCAGAGAGCAAAGGCGGUAAUGUGUAGAGAUAUAAAUGAAGAGAAUGUAGCAGAAUUUCUAUUUGACACUGCGUGGAAAUGGCAGGAUUUGAAGGAAGAAGUUUUUAAAUUUCUAGUAAAGCACUUUCCGAGAGUGAAGAAAACUGAUGGAUGGAAAUGCAUCAUUAAGAAUCCAAUGGCGUAUCCGAGGAGUGGAGAGCUGUUUGCCGAGUUGAUAGGAUUACUCAUUCCCGAAGAGUCUGAGGAGGAAGAGACUAAGCCCGGUUCGAUUAGUGCCGAUGAGACAAUGUCAUGA